AUGAGUCGUCGCGCAAAGUGGGGAAGAAAAGCGAGGGGUUUUUUUUGGCGCCAAACCUUUGCGCGACGACAGAGGUGGUCGCGCAAAGAACCUUUGCGCUACAAAUUAAUUUCUUCGUCGUGCAAAAUAUGGAACGGAAAACAAGGUGGAUUUUUUUUCGCCAAGGCAGAUUGCUCCAUCAAUCAGGAAGGGGAAGAUUACGUGCCUACCCCAAUGGACAGUACAGAGUUCGAACAAUAUGAACAACUGUUAAAAAGUGCCAACCAAGAGUUAUACCCAGGGUGCGAGAGCUUUUCCGUUCUUACGGCCAUUGUGGAGCUAAUGCACGGAAAAAUAAAGUAUCGUAUGUCGAACCUGUGUUUCGAUUACUUUUUGGGCGUUUUCAAGAGAAUGCUUCCGACGGACAAUUGUUUGCCCAAAGACCAUAGACAAGCGCAAAAGAUGUUGAAUGGUCUUGGAUUGGGUUAUGAAAAAAUUCAUGCUUGCAAAAACAAUUGCAUGUUAUUCUACAAAGAGUAUGAAACAUUGGAUACAUGCCUUAUAUGCAAAGAGUCGAGGUUCAAGAUGACAUCUCAGAAUAGGACGACUAAGAUCCCACAGAAAGUCAUGCAUUAUCUGCCCUUGAAACCUAGGCUACAUCGAUUGUAUAUAUCGACUCAUACUGCCACAGACAUGAGAUGA